UAUUACUACUUAAUCAGUAGUAUUUAUCAAAUUUUGCGAAGAAUUAUGAAAACUUAAAAUCGAUAAUACUUAACUGAAUUUUAAUAUAAAAUUUACGUUGUGCAUUAUAAUACACUUUGAAUGAGUACAAGUUAUUACGUAUAAAAUAAAAAAAAACGCGAUGGUACUUCUAACAAGAAUGUCACAUAAAACUAAUAGGAUCUCUUAUCAUUAUCACAAUAUUUUCGUGAUAUGUUUGUUAAUAUUUACGUUGUUCAUUAUUUUAACCGCUACGUAUUAUAUUUUUAAAUUUGGAAAUACUCAAAAGCAUUCCGUACAUAAUGCCAUAUCUUUGGACGAUUUAAAUUCUUUACACCUAGAAAUAUUGAAUACAGAUUCUUCGAUGGCAGACACCACCAAUUCUUCUUGUACAUAUUUUGAUUGUUUUAAUAUUUAUCGCUGUGGCAGUCAAGGAAAUAAACUUUUAGUAUACGUUUAUCCACCAAAAAUGUAUGUAGACACUUCAGGAAGACCUAUAACAAGUCAGAUGUCAAAAGAAUUUUAUCAAGUUUUAAGCAGUAUUAUUUCAAGUAAAUUUUAUACGCCAAAUCCAUACGAAGCCUGCAUCUUUAUUCCUUCGAUAGAUAUGUUAAAUCAAAACAGAUUAAAGAUACAUGAAAUUUCACAAGUUUUGAAGACAUUACCAUUCUGGAAUAAUGGAGAAAAUCAUCUUAUACUUAACAUGGUACCAGGAAGUGUGCCUGAUUACAAUACAAUCAUUGAUGUACCCAUUGGAAAAGCAAUGAUUGCAGGUGCAGGAAUGUCAUCGUUAACUUACAGAUUUGGUUUUGAUGUUAGUUUGCCAGUAUAUAGUUCCCUUAUGCACAACCUUAAAUCAUUUUUUAACGAUACCAGAAGAUGGUUAGUUAUUUCAUCUCAAAUUAAUAUUAAUUCUGCAUUUGAACAAGAUUUAAUGGAAAUUAAAUCUACGUCGCCAAAAGAUAUUUUAAUAUUAGGUCCGUGUCUACAUUAUAAUUCUAUGAAUAUUACGGUUCGAUGUGCUGGAGAAGAUGUUUAUAAAUAUCCUAAUAUACUUCAGACGUCAACAUUUUGCCUAGUGAUUCGUGGCGCAAGACUCGGUCAAAGUACGCUUCUAGAAUGUAUGGCAGCGGGUAGUAUACCUGUAAUUAUAGCCGAUUCUCUUAUAAUGCCUUUUUACGGUGUAAUUGAUUGGACCAGGGCUGCUAUUUUUAUACGCGAAGUAGAUAUGCUGUCAAUAAUAUCAGUUUUGAAAAAAGUAUCUAAACAACGGAUUAUAGAACUUAAAGAACAAGGUGCAUGGCUUUACAAGAAAUAUUUUAAAUCUAUGGAAAAAAUAAUGUUAACUACGCUGGAAAUACUUACGGAUCGUGUAUUUCCACAUUUGGCUAAAAAUUAUUUAUUUUGGAAUGAUACUACAUCGCCGCUUUAUUUGCCUACUACCGCAUCUAAAACUCGAGGGUUUACUGCAGUAAUUUUAACGUACGACAGAUUGGAAUUGCUAUUUCUUUUGAUUAAUAAACUUGUUAAAGUACCAAGUUUGUCUAAAGUUUUAAUAAUAUGGAACAAUCAACAUAAAAAUCCACCGCAAUCAUCCAAAUGGCCCAAAUUGAAUAAACCAUUAAAAGUUAUACAAACGAAGGAAAAUAAAUUAUCCAACAGAUUUUAUCCAUAUGAUGAAAUUGAAACUGAAGCAGUCUUAUCGAUAGACGACGAUAUUAUAAUGCUAACUGCCGACGAAGUAGAAUUUGCUUACGAGGUUUGGAGGGAGUUUCCUGAUCGAAUAGUUGGUUUUCCAUCUCGAAUUCACAUGUGGGACAAUGGAACUAAUUGUUGGAAAUAUGAAAGCGAAUGGACUAAUAGUAUUUCUAUGGUCUUAACAGGAGCUGCGUUUCAUCAUAAAUAUUGGAAUUAUAUGUAUAGCACUGCUAUGCCAGGUGAUAUAAGAGAGUGGGUUGAUGAACAUAUGAAUUGUGAAGAUAUAGCUAUGAAUUUUUUAGUGGCAAAUAUAACAAGAAAAGCACCAAUAAAAGUAACGCCGAAAAAGAAGUUUCGGUGUCCCGAAUGUACAAACACUGAAAUGCUUUCAGCAGAUUUGACACAUAUGAUGGAACGUACGCAAUGCAUAAACAGAUUUUCUUCAAUUUACGGCUCGAUGCCAUUGCAAUCGAUCGAAUUUCGUGCAGAUCCAGUUUUGUUUAAAGAUAUAUUUCCCGAAAAACUCAAGAGGUUCAACGAUAUUGGAAGCUUGUAAAUAUAUUAAUUCUGGAACUUCUUAAUGAAAUUCUUGAUGAAAAAUAUUUAUUUCUACAUGUAUUUAUAGAGAAUAUCUUAUAAAAAUAUACAAACGAUUUGUAUACAUAAGUAUAUAUUAAAUUAUUUGUCUAAAAUUAGAAGAAAACACUGCACUUAAUAUGUAAUUAUGUAUAUAAAAAAAACUAUUGUAUUUAAUAAAGAAAA